UUACUCUGACGGUCAUCUUCAGCGUUUGAGCGGCAAAGAACUCGACGUACUCGACCCUUAUUUGUCCGGAGUGUUUCGACGCAAGGUGAGAGUGGCUUUUUAAUGUUACUAAAUUCAAAUGAUACCCAUCCUCCACGGAGCAUCUGUUGCAACUUGCCAUACAAUUGCUUGAAAUUGUGUUUGGGCCUUUUGAAUUGAAAAGGCACCAUCUGUCGUGAGCUGGCGCGCCAUGUUGUCAUGUGGAAGAAAGACAGUAAUAUCCCCGCCGUGACAGAACCUGCAACUUCUCUUCGGCGCUAUUGAGAACCGCUGCGUUCCCGAUGACAUUCACCAACUUCAUUCUAGCAGUAUCGGCGCUCCAUUUCGACCAGGCUAGCGAGUGCCAAGAGCCAUAAUACUUGCUAGCUAUGUUACGAAAGGCACAUGAGAUACAACGUCCAUCCUAGGCGGGCCUCGGUACUGAACAAAAGCCGAUAAUCGCAUUCAAUAUUUUUUUUACCACCGAUAAACAGGGUCACAUAUUUACUGUACGCACUCACCUAUGGACGACCUCCGCCUUUUGACAUUUGCCCUCCACAAUCUCCUCCUAUGGACUACAGCACACCCGUGAGCGCAGAAACACAAUCGUACAUAUUCGAUCCACUCGGGACGUACUUCGUCGUGAAUCUCGCUGGAGUGGUAUCGGAGACAGGGUUAUGGGGGAUCUACCUCGUGUUGUUCUCGUGGGCGAUGAAAUUGCAGUUAACGCGAAGCAAACUUCGAAACCGUGCUAAUAUCCUUAUUAUCGUCGUUACAUUGGCCUUAUUCCUGUCAUCGACGGCAUUAUGGGCUAUGAACGUGUCUCAAUUGACCAUGGCGAUACGAGGGUUCUUCUUCAAAUAUCCAGAUCUUGGAUUGUUAGAUCGGUGGUUGGCGUUUAACGAUGAUAUUAGAGGAUUUGGACUACCCAUGGAGGCGUUAUUUCUGAUCAAUAUGCUUGUAGGCGAUUCGGUGGUAAUAUGGAGAGCUUGGGUGCUUUGCCAGAAUACCCGUCUACAGAAGUUCGUGUACGUCCCGAUUGUCAUGCUGUUAGCGUGUGUUGUUUUCACUGCCAUCGGGUUGGAUUGUCUUUCGAGUAACGGUUACCAUGAACAGAGUACCAUACCUGCAGGAUCAAAGGCGUGCCGAUGGGGGCAACCGAUAGCUUGGGGGAUUUCAUUAGCGACAAAUGCGGUUUCGACUAGUUUCAUCGCGAUCAGGGCCUGGCAACACCGUCAGCUCAUGAAAUUAAACUUUGGAGCGCGUAAAUCGAGAAGUCAGAAGGUUUUGAUCAUACUUGUCGAAUCGGGAUUUAUUUAUUGCUUAUUUUGGAUGACUCAACUUAACCUGUUCUUUGGCAGGGAACCUAAGAGAAAUUUUGUCAAUUUCCUUUGUAUUUUUCUAAACGCCAUCGGUGACCAGAUUUCGGGCGUAUACCCAACUUGUAUCAUCAUUCUCGUCAGCAUGCAUUGCAGCAUGUCCGAGCCUGACUCGAGUGUGGAAAUGUCUUCUUUACCCCCGAGUUUCAACUCGGAUGGGAGUCGCCGGGCGGGGGGAAGGAAACCGUCACCGGGAGUUUUAUCGACUAUAGAAUUCAAUCCUGGGAUUUCGGAUGUUGGAUCUGGGUUCAUUAGUACUCGGAUUGCGGAUGUGGACAGGGAGCUGUUUAAGAAGGGUGGAGAGAAGGAGAUUGUGUAACGUACGGAUUAGAGCUCACGAUGGGGACAAUUGAUUAGUUUGACUCAAUUUAUAGACGUGAUUAUUGUAUUUUGCAGUUACGAUGCUUUAUGUACUUCACGUGUCUUUCUAAUUCUCCCGAAGGUGGUGAUUGGC